AUCCAAGAUGGCGGCGGCGGAGAGCCAGGGCCCGGCGGCGGGCGGGCCGCGGGGGGCGGCGGAGGCCGACGCCGACGGGAUGAUGGGCCUGACGGACCUGCCGGGCGAGUUGCUGGAGCUGAUCCUCUGCUGCGACGUGCUGGGAGCCGCCGACAUCGGGCGGGUGUCGUGCACCUGCCGCCGGCUGCGUGAGGCGUGCCAGCCCCGCGGCAAGGUGUGGCGGGAACGCUUCCGCCUCAGAUGGCCAUCGCUGCUGAAAUACUAUAGCCACACAGACAGUGUUAGCUGGCUUGAAGAAUACAAAGCACGGCACAAUGCUGGUCUAGAAGCCCGGAGAAUUGUAGCUUCGUUCUCCAAAAGGUUCUUUUCAGAACAUGUCCCCUGUGAUGGAUUCAGUGACAUUGAGACUCUUGGGUGCCCAAGUCAUUUUUUUGAGGAUGAGCUGAUGUGUAUCCUUAACAUGGAAGGAAGGAAAGGUCUCACCUGGAAGUACUAUGCAAAGAAAAUUCUAUACUUCUUACGGCAACAGAAUAUAUUAAAAAAUCUGAAGGAGUAUCUUCAACGCCCAACUGAUCAGCAGUCAUUUUUGGAGGGUGCUGUUUUAAUUGAUCAAUACUGUAACCCGCUGUCAGACAUCUGCUUAAAAAGUGUCCAGGCACAGGUGGAUGAUAUCACAGAUAAAGUGCGCAAAGUCCUGCGGACGAAAAAUCCAAGGCACCCCAGCUUGGCUUCCAAGGCAGUCUUAAGUAGUCCUGACAUCUGUACCAGAGCUGUGGGACAGGGGAUCGACCUCUUUUCUUCUGCAAGUCUCAAAGUCAGCAGCAAUAGAAAAGGAGAGGUCCUGAUUCCAGAAGUGGAGCUUCAGCGGCAGGUACUUGAUGCUAUGAAUUGCGUCCUAUAUGAGCAGUUAAAAUACAAAGGAAAUGAGCUGGAUUACUAUAACUCCCUGAAUUCAUACAUUCACCAGGUUUUGAUCCGCAGGACGGGAAUUCCCAUCAGUUUGUCUGUGCUUUAUUUAACAAUUGCCAGGCAGUUGGGAGUCAAACUUGAACCGGUCAACUUCCCUAGCCAUUUUCUACUACGGUGGUGUCAAGGAAAAGAAGGAAGCACAGAUAUUUUUGACUACACCUACAUUGACGCCUUUGGGAAGGGGAAGCAGCUGACGGUGAAGGAGUGCGAGUACCUUAUUGGCCACCAUGUGACAGAGGAGUUCUAUGGAGUGGUGACUUCAAAAGAGGUCUUGCAGCGUAUGGUGGGAAAUCUCUUAAACCUUGGCAAGCGAGAAAGCACUGAUCAGUCUUACCAACUCUUGAGAGACUCGUUGGAUCUAUACCUGGCUAUGUAUCCGGACAAUGUGCAGCAUCUAAUGCUCCAGGCUAGGUUAUACUUCCACCUGGGAAUCUGGCCAGAAAAGGUUCUGGACAUAUUGCAGCAUAUUCAAGCUUUGGACCCAUCCCAGCAUGGAGCUGUCGGGUACUUAGUUCAACACACCCUAGAGCAUAUUGAGCGCAGGAAGGAGGAGGUGGGACCUGAGGUGAAGCACCGUUCAGAUGAGAAGCACAAAGAGGUCUGCUUUUCGAUUGGGCUGAUUAUGAAACACAAGAGAUAUGGCUAUAACUGCGUGAUUUACGGCUGGGAUCCCGCCUGCAUGAUGGGGCAUGAAUGGAUCCGGAAUAUGAAUGUCCACAGCCUUCCGCAUGGCCCCCACCAGCCUUUCUACAAUGUGCUAGUGGAAGAUGGCUCUUGCAGAUAUGCUGCUCAAGAGAACCUGGAAUAUAACUCUGAGCCUCGGGAGAUCCCUCACCCUGACAUUGGCCGCUAUUUUUCAGAGUUUACUGGCAUUCACUACCUAGCAAAUACCGAGCUAGAAAUUCGGUACCCGGAGGAUUUGGAGCUCACACGUGCUACAGUUCAGAAGAUCUACAGUUCAGGCAAGGAGUGAGUGCAAAAGGAAUCACGAGGACAGAAGCAGCUGGAGUGUAGCUUUACCCUCUGCAAAACUUGCGUGGAAGGCAAGUUUGGUGACAAUCCUUUGGCUUAAUGCAUUGAAAACUGCAUUGAACUUUGUAACUGGUGCUAUAGCAUCUUUCCGUUGCCUGCCUGCCCAUUCUGGCCCAAAGGCACAGGGACACAUGGUAGUUGAGGCCAGGUGUUAAGGAUCUUGCAGGGACAGUUACGCUAGGAAGCACGUUGUCCUUCAGAAGGAUUUGCGCAUACUACUUGUUCCGUGAUUGUCUUGCCUAGAAGGUCGACGCAGUGAGUUCCCUGGUGUGGAAUAUGGAAGAACACUCUCUUCCAGAGAAGUUGCUUGUCCUUGCAGUGUUGUGGGUUUUUUUGUUUGGUUGUGUUUUGGGGUUUUUUUUAAUGUAUAUCUCAUGCAGGUGAUAGUUUUUAAAGUCUCUUACGUUUCA